CUGAGGAUUGAAGCACAGGGAAAGUACAUGCAAUCUAUAUUGGAGAGAGCUUGCCAAACCCUAGCCGGUGAGAACAUGGCAGCCGCCAACGCAGCAGCCGCCGUCGGAGGAGGAUACAAAAGUAAUUUAGGAAGUUCGAGUCUUUCAGCAGCGGUAGGCCCACCUCCUCAUCCUCUUAGUUUCCCUCCGUUUCAAGACCUAAACAUCUAUGGGAACACAACCGACCAAGUCCUCGACCAUCAUAGCUUCCAUCAUCAAAACAUAGAGAACCAUUUCACGGCCAACAAUGCUGCAGAUACCAAUAUUUACUUGGGGAAGAAGCGACCUAACCCUAAUUUUGGUAACGAUGUAAGGAAAGGACUAAUGAUGUGGUCUGAUCAAGAUCACGAUCUUGCCGCUAACCAACCGAUCGAUGAUGAGCAUCGAAUUCAGAUACAGAUGGCUACACAUGUCUCCACCGAUUUGGAUUCUUUGUCGGAGAUCUAC